CAAUCAAUUUUCUCACGACAAAACGAUCUGAACUCUCAACCACAGAGAGAUUAGACUGAGACAGACGAGAAAGAAAGAGAGGGAACGACAAUGGCGUCUUGGAAUCUGGGUUUAGGUUCAUACCCAACGACGAAGGGAUUCCAAGUUAUUUGCAGAAAGAAGGAGAGAAACAGAGACAAUGUUCACCCCUAUAAAGUCAUCGAAAUUACUCCUCCGCCCAAAAACCUCGGCGUUCGUUGCUUUCCUCCCAACUUGCAAUGUGGGGAGAGUGUUACAAUAGAAGGCCAAGCUUACACAAUCUCGGCUGUAACUCACCGAUACCAGCUGCGGAAAGGCAGGUAUGAACCUAGCGAGAAGAGACUUGACGUCUUGUCCACUGGGAGACAUAUCUUAAAUUUAUAUCUUGAAAAUUUAUUACAACAAUCUUGACAUCUGCUUUUGACUACUUUUGAGUGUAAAUGAUAGAAUAGCUGGAUGAAGUUGCAGCUUUGGGAUUAGAUUGAUUAUGAUUUCCUAAAAUCAUGUUUAGUCUACUGGGGACACUGCUCCCACCAGAUGAGGAAGGAGACCUGUAUUCCACGUAAUCAUUAAACGUGUCAUGAACUGAUGAAUUAUAGGACCCCACAGUCAUCUUCCUGGGACCCACCUCGAAUUUCUCCCUCUUUGUCCAAUCAAUCCUCCCGUACGACGCCCAAAUCGGAGAACCUAAACAGUACGAUCUUUCUUGCCGUCAGAUUGGACUAAGUUUUGAAGUCAAAGUCGUGUACGGAGGGACCCAGGCUCCUUUCCGUAGGAAAGCAUGUACGUGGUCACCAUCACCCGGGGGACUUACUCCAACAACCGUAGAUGCUCUACACUCGACACAUCGGAGCCCACGUGGGACCCAAUCGAGGCCCCAAGUGCUGGUGGCGGGACCCACUAGCGUGGUUUGCCAGGCCCACAUGUCCGAGGGGCUCGUAACUUAGCUGGGGUUGAUAUAGACACCCACGCACGCUACUCGAAAAGACGAUUAUAUCCCCGUCGUUGUUAUCUCGAUAAUCGAUAUUCAUAUGACAUACUGGUAUUACAGUAAUCUCAAGGAAGGCGUAAAAUAGUAUCAUGCGCCGGGGACGACAGCCGUCCACGUGCUCGUCGCGACGUUCACGUGCGCGCAUGUGACUGUGACACCUCCUUGUGUG